AUGGAAUUUAUUCAUUAACAGAAUUUUUAUUACUUAUUCUUGUAUAAAUCAGAAUGGAUAACUGGACUAUCCAAUAAUACCUAAAAUUACUCAAAACAGAACUCUCUAAAAUAUCAAAAGAAAUCUAAAAACCAUAAGAGUAUAAGCUAGAAAUUAUUUAUCAAGAAUAAACCAAUUGAAGAUCAAAAUAUGAGCUUAUUCUAUUCCAACAAUUUAGGAUAUAUAUUAUAUGUUUAUUAAAUUAAGCGAAGAUUCUAAUUAAGUUUAGAAAAUAAUACAAUUUUAAAAUUAUGA